GCUGGUGGUGAAGUCAGUAACCGCAGCCGCGCUGGCGCUCCCCGGGCUGGUGCUUUCCACUCCGCACUUGACAUGGUCCGUUCCCAGGUUUGGAGGGACAGUUGCUAUCGGGCUCCAGCAACAUGGACCAAAGGGAGAUUCUGCUGCAAAACCUGGAAAGGGCCCAAAGGAAGAAGCUCAACCGAGAAGAGUUUGCAGACGAGUUUUUGAAGCUGAAAAGGCAGUCAACAAAGUACAGAGCGGAUAAAAUCUACCCUGCAGCAGCAUCUGAGCAACUAGAGAACAUCAAGAAGAACAGAUACAAGGACAUCCUUCCCUUUGACCACAGCAGAGUGGAGUUGUCCCUGAUCACAUCAGAUGCAGAUUCUCAUUACAUCAAUGCCAACUUCAUCAAGGGUGUCUAUGGGCCAAGAGCAUACAUUGCAACCCAAGGUCCUCUCUCCACUACUGUCAUUGACUUUUGGAGGAUGAUUUGGGAGUAUGAAGUCCUGAUUGUGGUCAUGGCUUGUAUGGAGUUUGAAAUGGGAAAGAAGAAGUGUGAGCGGUACUGGGCAGAGGUGGGCAGCUCUCCCCUGCAUUGUGGCCCUUUCUCCAUCGCCUGUGAAGCCGAGGAGAAGAAAAAGGAGUAUGUGAUUAGGACUUUAAAGGUGACCCUGAAUGAGGAAAUCCGCACCAUCCACCAGUUCCACUACAAAAACUGGCCAGACCAUGAUGUCCCCUCAUCCAUUGACCCCAUCCUGGAGCUCAUCAGUGAGAUUCGCUGCUACCAGCCAGAUGACAAUGUCCCAGUCUGCAUCCACUGCAGUGCUGGCUGUGGGAGAACAGGAGUGCUCUGUGCCAUCGACUACACCCAGAAGCUGCUGAGGGAUGGGAUUGUUCCAGUGAACUUCAGUAUUUUCAGCCUGAUCCAGGACAUGCGCACACAAAGACCUUCCCUCGUGCAGACCAAGGAGCAGUAUGAGCUGGUUUAUGAUGCAGUGAUUGAGCUCUUCAAAAGGCAGAUUAAAGCCCUUGAUGCCCAGGAAGAUUCUGCUGCUUCACAGGCACAAACAAGGCACCCUGUAGCCAAGCCACUUCUGACUCCAGUGGAAGAUAUUUAUUCUCUCAGAUUACUAACCUGCUCAGAGGAAGAGGAACAGGGUCAAGGUCUUCCUCCAGUGGUACAAAGCAAAGCACCCCCGACAAUGACAUCUGCCCCAGGAGCAGAGGACAGCUCUGGUUGUGGAGUCCCUCCCAUCAGACAGGCCGUCUCCUUCGCCACUCUGGACUUCCUCAGCUGCAGGAGGGUGGCUGCCCCAGGGGAGCAGGGUCCUGGGGAGGCUCUGCAGAAACGCCGCAGCCUGGAGCUCAGCAGCAUCUGUCCUCCUGAGCAGCUGCUUCUGCCCCUGAGGCCGAGGGCAGGAGGCAGGAGAGGGCCCGGCAGAGCACCCCUGACACGGGCUGCAUCCACCCCCUUUGUGCUGGCACAGCAGGGAGAAGGCUGGGAAUGGGAUGUGGGGGCUGCAAAGCCUGUUCUGAGUUCACAGUUGCCAGAUGCCUGCUGCUCAAGCUUCCAGGUGAAGGAGGAUGGUUUUUCCCCUGUUAAUCUACAUCACUUGAGUCAAGGCCUGGGUGGUGCCCCGAGCCACAGGAACCACGGGAGAUGUCUGUACCUGAACUGCUGCUCAGCAGAAGACCCCUACUUCUCUUCACUCUCUCCAGAUGACCCUGUGUCCCCAGUGUUUGCCGAGGGCUUGGCAGAGGGGCAGGACCUGCCCCUCCCUGCCCCUGCUGUCAGCGCUGGGGCCGGCUCCCCGCUGCCCAGGCCCGUGUCCCACCGGACUCCUUUGCUGAAGGAUGAGAGGAUGCCCUCCCCGGUCACCCCACCACUGCCAGAUGAUGACAAUCCUCCACCCCUGCCCGAGCGAACCCCUGAGUCCUUUAUUGUGGCCAGUGAAUCUGGACCAUUUCCUCUGGCAACUUCUGAUUUUCAGCUUCCAGCCAGAAAUACAAAUAUUGGAACCUCUUUUGAGUGGAGUGGUGAGUCUCACUCAGAGGUGUUUAAUGACUCAGUGAGACUGAGACCAUGUAGGAGUGUGAAGCUUUGGAGCCCACAAACAGAGAAAAGGGAUCACUCUAACUCUCCUCCCCCACUGCCUGAGAGAACCCCAGAAUCAUUUGUUCUUGCGGACACAGCAAGUCUGCAGCCUGCUGUAAGAAAUUCUGCAACAAGUUUUCCUGUCUUGGAGAGCAAUGCUUCUGAAAUGUCACAAAAAGAGCCUAUGAAAAGCUUCAGGAGAAGCAAGAGCUUGAAAAUACUGAAAAAUGUGAGAAAGAGCAUCUGUGGUCCAUCUUCACUGACAAAACAACCAGAAUCUGCCCCACCAAACCACUCGAGGUCUUUCCUUAGCUUUGGCUUUGCAAAUCGAUUUUCAAAACCUAAAGGACCAAGAAAUCCACCCCCAGCAUGGAAUAUUUAGAUACAUUCUAUAGAUUGGGCAUGACAGAUUUGUGAAGUUCUUCUGAUAUGCCUGGAGUGCUAAUCCCAGAAACGUUUCCAACAAAAUAAAUGCAUCAGAAGCUGUGGCAGGAUACAUGCAGCUCAGGCACUACUCGCACAUUCUUCAUCAACUGAAGUUUUAAAGUAAAGAAGAAUAUAGAAGUACCAGCAGCCUAGCACUUUCAGUUAAUCUACAGCAGGAUAGAAACUGAGAACACGAAUAGGUGUUUUAUCCUAAGGAGGGACAUGGGUUUUGUUGUGUUUUGGAUGGAUCUGAGGCAGUCUAAUCUGGUGAUGGGAUCCAGCCACUGAAAGCCCUGGAAGGCCAAUGGAACAGCCAAGGCAAAAGAUGACUCUGGAUCACAGACACAUUUGUGGGACUUCACUGGCAUCUGGGUCCACACCACCAAGGACCUGCACUUCCGGAAGUGUUUGCGUCGCUGGGACUACAGGAGAAUUGCAUCUCAGAUUUUAGAAAGCAUUUUUGAGUUUUUUUUCAUCGGUAAGACCAAGAUGCUGGUCAUACAGAAACUAAACCAGUGUAAGAGACUGCAGAAUUAUCUGACCCGACUGUCCUCACUAUCUGAAAACCAAACACCCUUGGUUUUUAAAGCAAUGCUGGUUUUGAGGAUGUGACUCUUCAGCACCUCUUUUCAGACGGGUGUCUCAGGAGAUGGGAUCUCUGGACGGAUUUCCCCAGCAGGUUCCUCCCGCCCACACCUCAGCGGGAGGAAACGGCUUCAUGGGAUUGUUUUCCUGCAGAGAGAGAAAAACUAAAAGGGAGUUGGUGGAGAGAGGAUCCACCGGCCACCGCUGGAACGGAGCGCGCGUCAGGACGCGUCCAACCCCGCAGGGCCCGGCCCGCCGGGACACGUGACCAGCCCCGGGCCGCCCCGCGCAUGCGCCCGCGGGCGGACUACACUUCCCGACGCGCAGCAGCAAACUACA